UUGGAGUGUCAGAGUUCCAGCAACAAUGGACCUGACCUUGUGGCAGUACCAGUUCAGGAUCAUCAUGCUGGGGGACUCGACUGUGGGGAAGUCCUCCCUGCUGAAGCGCUACACCGAGGACUCGUUCCUGGAAUCCAUCAACGAGACGGUUGGUGUGGACUUCUACGUUCACUUCCUGGAAGUGGAGCCGGGGGUCCGUGUUAAGCUGCAGUUCUGGGACACAGCUGGGCAGGAGAGAUUCAGAUCAGUGACCCGUUCUUACUAUCGAAACUCAGUUGGGGCUCUGCUGGUGUUUGACGUCACCAGCAGAGCCUCCUUUGAGCAUAUAAAAGAGUGGCACGUGGAGGUGUGCGAGCGAGUGCAGCCACACAAGGUCCUGUUCGUCCUAGUGGGUCAGAAGGUCGACCGAGAUGCUCACCAGGAGAGGGCGGUGAGCCGAGAGGAGGCUGGGAAACUGGCCGGACAGUUAGGGAUGCCCUAUUUGGAGGCCUCGGCAAAGACUGGACAAAACGUGAGGGAGGCCUUCGAGCUCCUUACUCGACGGGUCUACCAGGGUCUUCUGAGUGGCGAAAUAGAGCUGCAGGAAGGCUGGGAUGGUGUCAAGUGUGCUGCCCCACAGGCGCUUCGAUUACAAAGAAGCAGCGCAUCUCAACCCAGCACAACCCCCAAGAACAACAAAAAGUGCUGUGGCUGAACGGCCGACUUGACAUGGUCAGCUCAUGUUACUGUACUGCAACACCUGCCCACCUGGAUGAGGGAUUUAUAGCAGAUUACACACAAAUCCAGGAAGUUGGAGUUAUGUGACAUUUGUGACAAAAGAUAUUUACAUUGAAUUGGUUCAACUUCUCAUACAGAUAUGGUCCUAAAAGUUGAGCAAUAGAAGAGGCUAAUAAUAAUAGUUUUAGUUAUUGC